CAAGUUCAGCACUCUGUGAAAUGAAGUUCUGGGAGGCAGGCGUGCUGCUUGCCGCCUUGCACAGCGCCGCAGCAUUCGUGAUCCCAUCCUCCAACACACUGCGGCCAUCCGGCUCGAGGCGGCGGCCGCUCGAGCGAUGGCGAAGAUCCACCGGCCUGUCCCCCUCCCCCAGGACCCCCCUUGCAGAUGAUGCAGCCACAGAUGCAGGUGGCGACCCGUCCAUGCCCCUCACGUCCCUUGCGGCGACGAAGCGCACAGGGAUCUUUGUGCCGCCUGAUGUGGCCUCGUACGCCCUGUGCAACAUCGAGCACCAGACCACAUGGGAGAACACGGAGGAGCCCAUCUGGACGAUAUUCGAGGCGUGGCUGCCCGGCAUCAAGCAGGAGGAGAUCGACGUUAUGUUCAUCAAGUAUGGGGACGACCCAGGGCCGAUGAUGGUCAUCAACGCGCCAAAGAACAACCUGGUCAAGAAGUGGGAGUAUGACAACUUUGUAAGCCGAUCACAUCACACAUGCCGUACGAGUACGGCAGGGAGAGGGCAAAUGGCGUGGUGCGGGGCGGGCAUGGUGGGUUCUGUGUUUGUGUCUGUGUGUGGUGUGUGUUCUCAGAGCAAAGCACGUCGGAGGAUCAACGCUGAGAACAGGGAUCGAGUGCAGCGGGCGUACCGAUUCCUUCCGUAAGGCAUCCAUCACAUACAUCAACACAGCGCGCCAUGCCACGCACGCACACCUUCAUGCACUCAGCAUUCCAUUCAUUCAUUCCUUGUGUGUUCGCUUUGGUUGUUCAGUUGGGUGCAGCUGAGCGAGGCGCAGGUGUCUUAUGCGAAUGGCCUUCUCCGCGUGUGGGUGCCUUACGACACCGAGGAAUACGCGUACGUCCCCCCAGACGACCUCCCGUACUUCCCUGAAAUACUGGGUCGGUGGGUGACCAUGGACACCAAAGACAGACAACACAACACCAUUGGCCGCCAUUGCAAAGCUCUCACUCUCACUGUGUGCGUGUGUAUAUUGCUCAUUCAUUCAGAUGAGCACCCGGCUCCCCCCGCCACGCCCACCCCGAAGCCCAUCGACCCCGAUCACUACGGUCAAUAUCAUGACCUGAUCAAGCCCUACGUCGAGAGAGCGAAGAAGGCAGGGAAGCAGAUCAUCAGGAUCCCGCGCACCGACCUGCCGCCAGAGCUGGUGCACCUGGAGGACAGGGGGGCGCCCGUCUAUGAGGGAAUGCGGGACAGGGGCACGGGAAAGCUGUGAUGAUGGAUGGGACUGUGGCUGAGUGGGAGGGAGAUUGAUCGAUGACAAUGUGUCUGUCGAUUGCGAUGCAUGACAGUACUGACUGAUGGCUGGAUGGACUUGUGGGCUUUGUUGGUUGGCCUCGAUGAGGCGAGGCGGCUGGGUCGUUUCAACUGCAUGAUGCGUUUGAAAGCUGCGAAGACCAUCAUGUCACAUCAUCCAGCGAGAUGCCUUCAUGGCUUGUCACCUGAUUUACGUGCGUCGAGAAUCGCGGUUCUUUAUGAUUUGAG